AUCCGCGUGACGGUUUACCCGGAUCCGACAAACCAUCGCCCCCAAUUUUGCCUCCUCCCUGAAAGCUCGCUCCUUUUCUGCUCACACAAUAACUGAAGGUUUCGAAUUGGGAGCGAAUCUAGGGUUCAAUCUCGAUUUCGGAUGCAAUAUGCCUCGGAAGACAAAUUAUGGAAAAUACUACGAGGAAGACUAUGAUGAUUAUGAUGAUUAUGAUGAGCACGACUAUGAUGAAUUGGAAGUGAAUAGUUAUAAUCAUGGCAGUGAAAUAAAUAAUUGCUCUUAUUCCGAAGAUGGGCAUGGUCAUGGAAAAAAGCCAUCCCUGAAAGAUAAGACAGCUAGGAAGUCUGAGCUUUGGCGUUGUUCAUUUUGCACGUAUGAUAAUGACGGAAGCUCAUUAUCUUGCGACAUGUGUGGAGCUUGUCAAGAUUCCUCUGUUGAUUUAGGCAACCAUAGGGAAGCUGCCGUUCCUAACUACAAAGAACCUUCAUCUACUAGUAUUUCACCCAAUGAAGUACCAAGAAGUUCAUCUGGAUCUUUACCUAAACCGAGUCAUCAGAAUGGAAUUGAGAGCAGCAAUAUCAGGGAGAAAAGAGAGAUGCCACAGGAUCUACCUGGCAAGCUCGACAAUGUGAAGUUGGACGAUACUUUCACAAGUAUUGGAAAUGAUAAUGGAAUACCGAGCAGUUCUUCUGGGUUUUUAUCUGAACCGAGACCUCCCAAUGGAUCUGAGAGCAGGGUCAGGGAGAAAACUGAUAUUCCACAUAGCAUAACAAGCAAGGUUGACUAUACGCCGGAGAAAUGGAUGUUGAAUUACCAAGAGCAAGGACUCUUCAAUCAGUUGAAUCUUGCAAUAGUGGGCCAUGUUGAUUCUGGGAAAUCCACAUUAUCAGGUAGGCUGCUACAUCUAUUGGGUCGAAUAUCUAAGAAAGAAAUGCACAAAUAUGAGAAGGAGGCGAAACAAAUGGGAAAGGGAUCAUUUGCUUAUGCAUGGGCGAUGGAUGAAAGUUCUGAAGAGAGGGAAAGGGGUGUAACAAUGACAGUGGCUGUUGCAUAUUUUGACUCCAAAAAGUACCGGGUGGUUUUGCUGGAUUCCCCAGGACAUAAAGAUUUUGUAUCAAAUAUGAUAUCCGGUGCUACACAAGCAGAUGCUGCUGUUCUUGUUGUUGAUGCUUCCAAAGGAUCCUUUGAAGCAGGUAUGGAUGGUAUUGGCAUUGGACAAACAAAGGAACAUGCUCAACUUAUUCGGAGUUUUGGUGUCGAGCAACUUAUUGUUGCUGUCAAUAAGAUGGAUACCGUGGAAUUCUCUAAGGAAAGAUUUGAUUUUAUUAAAUUGCAACUUGGUUCUUUCCUCCGUUCCUGUGGAUUCAAGGAAUCAUCUGUCACUUGGGUUCCACUUAGUGCCAUGGAAAAUCAGAAUUUGGUGUCAAGUGCUUCAGACAAGCGUUUGAUAUCUUGGUUUCAGGGGCCAUGCCUUUUGGAUGCAAUAGAUUCCCUGCAACCUCCCCUGCGGGAUAUUUCAAAGCCACUUCGUAUGCCUAUCUGUGAUGUGACCAAGUUUCAAUCACAGGGGCAGCUUGCUGCCAGUGGGAAGCUUGAGGCCGGUGCUGUUAAAAAUGGUUCAAAGGUUUUGUUGAUGCCUUCAGGAGAGUUGGCUACUGUGCGAUCUAUUGAGCGUGACUCAUAUGCUUGUUCUGUAGCACGAGCUGGGGACAACGUCGCUAUCAGUUUGCAGGGAAUUGACUGGAGCCAUGUAAUGCCAGGUGGCGUGCUGUGCCACCCUGAUUUUCCUGUUGCUGUAGCGACCUCUUUGGAAUUGAGGAUUAUUGUCUUGGACAUUACUGUACCAAUUCUAAUUGGAUCUCAGGUUGAGUUUCAUAUUCACCAUGCAAAGGAGGCAGCAAGAGUAGUUAAGAUAAUCUCUCUCCUUGAUCAAAAAACCGGGAAGGUCUCUAAGAAAUUACCGCGCAUCCUCAAAGCCAAACAAAGUGCUGUUAUUGAGGUGGCUUUGGAUGAAGCAGUUUGUGUCGAAGAGUUCUCAAAAUGUCGAGCCCUUGGAAGGGUAUUCCUUCGAUCUUCAGGAAAUACCGUUGCAGUUGGUGUUGUGACUCGAGUAUUUGAGCGUGGUUCAUAAUUCCAGAUGUAAAAUAAUGGAGAAAUUUUUACGUUGGAGCUAAUAGAAGCCCUUGAAGCAUAUGCAGAGACAAGAGAGCUUAACAAAUUUUGUAUUGUUUUAGUAUUAUAGGUUGAGCACACAUGUAUAAGUCAAUAUUCAUAAUGUAACGUCGGCCUUUAGAGUGAUAUUUUUUUUUCUUCUAUUUAUUCGGUUGUUGGAGAGAUACAUAUUUAAAUAAAUGAGUUAUUAUUUGAUAA